UCAGUUCAUCUGAUCACCGUGUGCCCACUGGAGCGUCCACCGAAACGGCACCUGUUUCGAACAGCUUGGAAAUGACCAUUUACACAGCUUUGUGUGGGGCAGUUCUGCUCUCUGCUGUUGUUUCUGUCCAGAGCGCUGACAAACACUCCCUGUUCUACAUAUACACCGCUUUAUCCAAACCCAUGGAUCUGCCAGGCAUCCAUGAGUUCACUGCGAUGGGUCUACUGGAUGACAGACAGAUUGACUACUACGAUAGUGAGCAACAGAAAAAGAUUCCUAAACAGCACUGGAUGGAAGAGAAAAUGCAGCAGGAUUACUGGGAAAAAGGCACUCAGUCCCGAAAGAGCAAAGAGCAGUGGUUUAGUGUCAAUGUCAACAUUCUGAUAGACCGAAUGAGACAAAAUAAGACAGAUCUCCAUGUUCUUCAGUGGAGACAUGGUUGUGAAGUUGAGAAACAAGGAAAUGACACGAAGUUUUUCAAAGGCAUCGAUGAGUACAGCUAUGAUGGAGUGAACUUCCUGUCUUUUGAUGAUAAACAAUCUCAGUGGGUCGCUCCAGUUGAUGAAGCUCUCCAAACCAAGAGAAAAUGGGAUGACGUACCCAUCCUAAACCAGUACACCAAGGGUUAUCUGGAGAAAGAGUGUGUGGACUGGCUCAACAAGUUCAGAGAAUAUGGAGACCAGGAGCUCAAAAAGAGCUCACCACCAGAGGUUUAUGCGUUUGCAAGGAAGUCUGUCAGUGACAAAAGCAAACUGAAACUCACCUGUCUGGCCACUGGCUUCUACCCCAAGGAUGUGACAUUGAAAAUAAGGAAAUAUCGAACAUCUCUGCCUGAAGAUCAGAUUGCUUCAUCAGGAGUCUUACCAAACCAUGAUGGAACAUUUCAGAUAAGGAAGAGUGUGGAAAUACUGGAGGAAGAAAAAGCAGAUUAUGAUUGUUAUGUGGCCCACAGAUCCCUUGAUGAACCCAUUAUCAUCAAAUGGGAUGGAAAGUGUGGUGACUGCAAUCCAGUGACGGGCAUGGGUGUUAUCAUUGUAGUGGUGAUUGGAGCUGUGUUCGUAUUGGUUAUUGCCCUUAUAGGUCUUUACAUCUUAAAGAUGAAGGGCAUUUUUCCCAGAUCAGCUUCUCAUCAGGACAAGAAGACCCAUUUUGGACAAAAUAAAGGAUUGCUUCUGAAUGCAGCAGGCCAUGUGAAUUCUACUGUGAUACCUGUCGACAAUGUAAAUAAGCCUGAGGAGGGAGAGAGACUGCUUAAAGCAGGCCAUGUGAAUUCUACUGUGAUACCUGUCGACAAUGUAAAUAAGCCUGAGGAGGGAGAGAGACUGCUUAAAGAUGGAUCAAAAGCAGGAAGUCAGGAGAGUGAUUUGUCUGACUCUGGAAAGGAGAGCAACUCCAGUGAAUCCUCGAUGGACAAAAAACCUGAAUUGAAACAUAUGGAUUCAAAAGCAGGAAGUCAGGAGAGUGAUUUGUCUGACUCUGGAAAGGAGAGCAACUCCAGUGUAUCCUCUAUGGACAAAAAACCUGCAGGCCAUGUGAAUUCUACUGUGAUACCUGUCGACAAUGUAAAUAAGCCUGAGGAGGGAGAGAGACUGCUUAAAGAUGGAUCAAAAGCAGGAAGUCAGGAGAGUGAUUUGUCUGACUCUGGAAAGGAGAGCAACUGCAGUCUAUCCUCUAUGGACAACAAAACUGCAGGCCAUGUGAAUUCUACUGUGAUACCUGUCGACAAUGUAAAUAAGCCUGAGGAGGGAGAGAGACUGCUUAAAGAUGGAUCAAAAGCAGGAAGUCAGGAGAGCGAUUUGUCUGACUCUGGAAAGGAGAGCAACUCCAGUGAAUCCUCGAUGGACAAAAAACCUGAUUUAUCAAAAGCAGGAAGUCAGGAGAGCGAUUUGUCUGACUCUGGAAAGGAGAGCAACUGCAGUCUAUCCUCUAUGGACAACAAAACUGGAACAGCAUAUGCUCUCAACUGAUUGAGAUUCACUAUUGCAGCAAAUCCCUUGAUUUCAGUGGUGCUGGUGUAGUUCAAGGACUUGAAGUUAAAGGGACGCUUCAUCAUGCACCCAAAAGAUUUCAUUAUAUUUUUCACUUUUGUUGCAACGCACACUGAUGUCGGCGUCAUGAAGUUUGGUGGUAUUUGUCAACAAUGCAAGCUCACAAUCAUAAUAUAAUGAGAUAUUUUCUUGAAAAAACUGCAUUAAUAGAGACUAUUUUGAUUCUUUGUUACCUCACAUUGUUGUUUUACUCUUUGGGUCUGUGAAAGAUUUCUUGAUCGCAACUGCAUUUACAACAUUAUGAAAUUACUAUGAGAGGUCUUCAUUUUUUUUUUUUUUUUUACAUUGCUCUAAAUUUAUGCUAGUCUUGAAGAAAAGCUUAAACUUUUUAAUUAUGAUUAUUUGACUAUUUGUAAAGUUAUUAUUUUCCAUCAGCUAUUUGUCAAUUAUUGUACAGAGGUAUUGUUCCAAAAUAUUGUAAAAAUCGUUUGUGGACUCCUUUCCAAAAAACAUUUAUUUAGAAGUUAUUGGUUUCUUAAAAUUAAAUUAACAUGUUAGGAUGACAUCAGCAUCGCAUGUAAAUGUCAUUGUUAUGACAGUUAUUGUGAAAGUUUUCUGAUAUUAAUCUGGUUCUGAAAUGCUUUUGAUGUCAAUAAAGUUGAG